AGUAACGUUCCUGUGGUGAGUUUCUGUGUCAUCUCGUGCUGCUGAUCGUGUGCUGCUGUCGAUUUUGAGUGUGUGUGAUUUGAGUUUAGUUUAAGGGAACUGAGCUCCUCAUAUUGUCCACAGAAAUGUGUCAUUGCGUUAAGGGAACAUGCUUUAAAUACUCACUCCAUGCUGAGAGUGUAAUUAAAAACACCUGUUUGCGUCAGUCUGCAGGUAAACGUGUCAUCACUGGGUAUGAAAAGCUCAGUCGUUCACAGGCAGGGUUUGGGUGAAGCUCACCCAAAGUGAAAGGACAAAUAGUUAGAUCAUGAACGUCUCAUCCUCCGACGUUCACAAGCCAGGUGGUGACGCACACCUGUGAAAGCGCCGUCAGAGCUGAAAGGUCCACUCACAGGUUGGCAACAACACGCGGUGCAGGAAGGCGAACCGCAUCCUGUACGUGUUAUGGUCCCUUGGAAAAAAGAGUUUGGAAGCAUAAAAUACAACAAGUGAGACCCAGACUGUUGAGUAACUGAAGUCGUUUGUCAGGCAGGAAUUCAACAAUGAAAAGUCCCAACUUCCCAUGAAGGUCCCAACAAGUUGCUGAGUGUUGCUCAAGCAAAAGCCACCAUGAAAAUAGCAUCUUUUAACAUCCAGAGGUUUGGGAAAAACAAAGUGUCUGAUCCAGAUGUCCUCAAUAUCCUGACGAAGAUCGUGUCUCAGUACGACAUCAUCGUGAUCCUGGAGGUGGUGGACAUCAGCGGAGAGUCUGUGAAGAUCUUCCUGGAUGCCAUGAACAAAGUCAACAGGAAGCAUCACUACACCAUGAAGAUCAGCACUCGUUUGGGCCGAACGCGCUACAAGGAGCAGUUCAUGUUCCUGUACAGGGAUGACAUGGUUGACUUGGUGGGCUCCUAUCAGUUUGAUGACCAGGUAACUGAGGGAGGAGAUGUUUUUGCCAGAGAUCCUUACAUCCUGCGAUUCAGAUGCCUCAACACAGUUCUGAAGGACCUCGUGAUGAUCCCAGUUCACACCAAACCAGACGACUCGGAGAAGGAGCUGGAUGAGCUCUACGAUGUUUUCCAGCACGUCAAGAAGAAGUGGAGGACUGAUAACAUCAUGAUCCUGGGCGACUUCAACGCCGACGGUUUGUACGUCUCCAAGAAGGACAUGAAGGGCAUCCGCAUCCGCACCGACAAGAACUUCCACUGGCUGAUCGGAGACGACGUCGACACCACGGCGAGCAACCGAAACGACCACACGUACGACAGGAUUGUGGUUUACGGAGACGACAUGCUGCAGGCUGUGGUGCCCAACUCGGCCAAACCCUUCAACUUCCAGAAGGCCUUCGCACUCAGCGAGGAGCAGGCUCUGAAAGUGAGUGACCAUUACCCUGUGGAGGUAAAGCUGAAGUCCAUAAAGCAGGAAGAGGAUGAUAUGGAAACCCAAACUCAGGUGGUGCCGCCGGGUCUCGUGGCCCUGGAUGCGGAUCUACUGGAGCUGAAGAGAGGAAACCUGCUGCUGGAGAGGGAGAAGCUCAGCCUGGAGAUCAAGAUUCUCAGGGCAAAGAUGGCCAAGUUGGAAGGAAAUGUAGUUUAAACUCAAGACGCCAGAUGCAUCCAGAACACGUAACGGAACAAUAAACCCCGAUCUUAAACCAGUACCUACAGAACCACUUUGCAGGAGAGAUGAACCAGUUUGAUACCAUUAGCUCACUGCACUUCGCUGGAAGCACAUCUUGAACUUCCCUCGGGAUCAAUAAAGUACCGUAUGUAUCCAUCAUUACCUCAGGCAGCAUCCUGGACUGCUGCACAUUUCUGAUUGUGUGGAUGACUGCUCGUAUGGCUCACCAGUAUGAACACCGUUCACUGUGCGUUUUGACUCUUGACUGAAUUAAGCUUAAGCAGCAAGUACAUUUACUUGACGCAAUUAUGAAAGAUAGCUCUUAAACUGUACACUGUAAGAAAAUCAGCACCUGCUAAACCGAUGCUGUCAGUUUUGGAGUCUCAUCAGAGUCUCGUGUCUUGUAAAUGCAGCUGCUGCUUGUCAAUAAACAGAAGUUGUUGGUCACAAAAAGUUUUUUUUGUUCAUUUAAAAACUAAUCAAGAUUUUGUUUUGAUCUUUAAAGACACAGAAAACUUCAUUAUUACAUUUAACUCAGUGUGAUGGUUUUAACAAUUUAAUAAAGAAUUAGAAUAACAAGCAGUAAUUACAAAAACUUUAUUAGUAUCUCCCUGUUUACAAUACAACAAAAGUCAGAAGAAAAAAAAACUCGGUGUGAGUCGUGUUUCUGAUGAGAGCUAAAACUUUCACACGGGCACACAGUCCUUCGUUACUAAAUCGGAUUUGAAGAUUUGGGUCAGUGUGUACGACUGAGUGUCACAGCGUGAAACCUCUAAUUACAUGCCUGUAGGAGUUAUGGUGUACCUGACCGGCAACAGAUAAUUCCUGUCCUCGAAAUCCUCAAAUUCACAAAUUUUCUGUACGUUUUCACUGGCGGAGGGGGGUCGACACAAGGACAUGUUUUGAGUUUGAUGAUGCGGGAAGCGAGGCCGGGGAGCAACCAUAUGUAGACACCAGAUUCAGAUUUUACUUCUUGCCUGAUUUUUUCAUGCCGCUUCCACCU